CGUUUUCUUUCCGAAAAAAGAACUGAAAAACCGCCUUACCUGUUAUUUCUCCCCUGCGAAUAAUUCGUUCCCCGAAUUCCUCGCUGAAUAAUUCGCCGCCGGAUCCUCCGGCAACGGACCACUCCGACCCGUUAUCCGGUUUGAGGGUUUUGAGAAAUCUUUGCAUGAGAAAUUGAACGUGGAAUUAGGGAUUAUUCUUCAGGAAAUGUCAGGGCCGCUCGAUCGAUUCGCCAGGCCUUGCUUUGAGGGGUUUUCUGGUCAUAGUGAGAGAAAAGAGCGAAAAUCAGAUUUUGAGAACUCGGAAGAUGAAAGAAGGACAAGGAUGGGAUCAUUAAAGAAAAAGGCACUACAUGCUUCGACAAAAUUCAGGCAUUCGCUGAGGAAAAAGAGUAGGAGGAAGAGUGAUAGUCAAGCCCGUGUAUCAAUUGAGGAUGUGAGGGACAUUGAGGAAGUCCAAGCUGUCGACGCAUUUCGCCAAUCUCUUAUAUUGGAUGAACUACUGCCCACUAGGCAUGAUGACUAUCAUAUGAUGUUGAGAUUUUUAAAGGCAAGGAAAUUUGAUAUUGAGAAAGCUAAGCAGAUGUGGGCUGAAAUGCUUCAGUGGAGGAAGGAAUUUGGUGCUGACACUAUUCUAGAGGACUUUGAGUAUACAGAACGGAAUGAAGUUCUAAAGUACUAUCCUCACGGUCAUCAUGGCGUUGAUAAGGAGGGAAGACCUGUCUAUAUUGAAAGAUUGGGAAAAGUUGAUCCAAAUAAGCUCAUGCAAGUGACAACAAUGGACCGAUAUAUAAAAUAUCAUGUACAGGAGUUUGAAAAGUGUUUUAUGAUUAAAUUUCCAGCAUGCUCAAUUGCUGCAAAAAAACAUAUAGACUCGAGUACUACUAUUUUGGAUGUUCAAGGCGUGGGUUUAAAAAAUUUUAGCAAGACUGCACGGGAACUAAUUGUGCGAUUGCAGAAGAUUGACAGUGAUAACUACCCAGAGACGCUAUGCCGCAUGUUCAUCAUUAAUGCCGGCUCAGGUUUUAGGCUUCUAUGGAACAGUGUGAAAUCUUUUCUUGAUCCGAAGACAACUUCAAAAAUUCAUGUUCUUGGAACCAAGUACCAAAAUAAGCUGCUGGAUAUAAUUGAUUCAAGCGAAUUGCCAGAAUUUCUUGGCGGUUCUUGCACCUGUGCCGAACACGGGGGAUGCCUCAAUUCAGAUAAGGGUCCUUGGAAGGAUCCUCACAUACAGAAGAUGGUUCUCGAUGGAGAAGCACAAUUUGGCAGACAAAUUGUUACGUCCAAUAGCGAAGGAAAGAUCAUUGCUUAUGCUAAGCCGCGUUACCCAACAUUAAAAGGCGGUGAUACAUCAACUGCUGAGUCUGGGUCAGAAGCUGAAGAAAUUACCACCCCAAAAGCAAGGAGUUCUGUUACAUGCCCUCAAUUAACCCCUGUAUUCGAAGAGGCUAGCCAUGUCGAAAAGGCUAGCGAGUCUGUUGGCUUUCCCGAUGUUGAUGAAAAUGUUCCGAUGGUUGACAAGGCAGUUAUUGACUCUGGAUGGAAGGAACAGGUUUCUCAGCAGCCUUCUAUUUCUAAAGGUUCAUUCACUUCAUCAAAUUCUGACAAACCUCUUGAAGGAGUUGGAGCUCGAAUUGUUGCAGUCAUUAUGGCCUUCUUCAUGAUGCUCUGUACAAUUCUUCACUCAGUUGCCAACAAAGUGACUAAAAGAUUUCCUAGUGAAACUCUGAUAAAAGAUCAUCAGUAUCCUGCAUCUGGACUAGACCUUCUGCAAAAAGAGGAAUUUCGUCCUCCUUCACCUGCUCCCGGAUUCACAGAGGUGGAUCUCCUUUCAUCCGUCUUAAAAAGGUUAGGGGAACUCGAAGAGAAGGUCGAUACUCUUCAAGCAAAGCCGACUGAGAUGCCUCAUGAGAAAGAAGAGUUGCUUAAUGCUGCUGUUUGUCGCGUGGAUGCGUUAGAAGCAGAGCUAAUCUCUACGAAAAAGGCUCUGCAUGAGGCUCUGAUGAGGCAAGAGGAACUGUUAGCUUAUAUUGACGGUCAACGAGAGGCUAAGUUUAGGAAGAAGAAAUUCUGCCUAUGAAACUUGGGGAGGCCUUUUCCCACUCUGUUUCAAUUUGUAUCUUGGUAAUUACUGAUGUAAUCUGUAAAGAAUGAUUUCCAUGAAGGCUUUCUGGUCAAGGUACGCAUACAAGUUGCCACUAAAAGUAAAUAUAUGGUGAGCUUCUUUUGUAAUGUUUUAAAGGAUUUUUGUUGUGCAAAAAAUAAACUAGUGUUUUGUGCUCUUUCUGUGGCUUUUGUGUAUAUGUUCAUUUCACAAUACAACUUUACUUUGUUUGCAGCC